CUACUAGUAGGUCAUUCCCACUCUCCAUCAAUCUCCUUCACAAUACCAGCAUCAGGAUCAGACAAUUCAAGCCUUCGCCCUCAUUCGACUAUCAGCAUGUCGUCUCUUCGAUUAUUUCGAGGUGGUUUGCGUUCGACUCUAGGUCAAACUCUGCGACGCUCUCUGAGCAGCCUGCCUAGCGUUCGCUGCAACGCUAUCGCAGACGCCCAGCGUUCUCAACAUGUACAGCGAAUUGACAGCUUGCUAAAGGAAGGGGGGAUCUUGAAGAUCAGCCUUGGGUUUGAGGACGAUGAUAGUGUGUAUCUGAAGAACCUCCUCCUGAGCCUGCACAGAGACCACGGCCAUGGGCUCCCCAUCACCCACAGCGCCUCGCGCGGCUGGUUUUGGGACGUCCGCCCGCUGGAGGGGGCUGGGGAUGGCACGAGUGACUCGGUCGUUACUACUGCCCGCUCUGAGACAAUGAACAACUUCCCCUGGCACACGGAUUGCAGCUACGAGAUAUCGCCACCCCGCUACUUUGGGCUGCAGGUGUUACGUGCCGACCAGUGCGGUGGGGGCACGCUCUCGGUCCUGGAUGCAAAUUUGCUACUAUCCGUCUUGUCCCCAGCAAUAGUGGAAUCGUUAUGCAGGCACGAGUUCCGGAUUACCGUUCCACCUGAGUUCAUCAAAUACGAAAACCAAAGCGAAAUCACCGGCAGCGUGCUGCGUGUGGACGAGGCCGGGGCCAAGGUGCAGUUGAGAUUCCGUCAAGACAUCAUGCACGCCUCCACGGCGAGAGGGGAGGCCGCGCUUAAGGAGCUUCAGAAGGCCUUGUCUAGCUCGAGAAUCAGAAGUCAAGUUUUGGAUCUAACACCCGAUACCUUACCGCGAGGCUCCAUUGUCUUGAUAGACAACAGACGUUGGCUCCAUGCUCGGAACCAUGUACGGGACCCGAAUCGUCACCUUCGGCGUGUACGGUGGGAUGCGCAACCCUUUAACGCCAUGUAGCUAUAUUCACGUUUCCUUUCUAUCUCACUACUGAAGAAAAAAAGGGGGUCUUCACAAAAAAAAAGACGUGG